GGUCGGCCUAUUGACGGAUUCCGAUUGGCUGAGGCAACAUAUACAACUGUCUAUACACGCCUCGGUCUACAAUACCAGACUCCUGAAGCUUUUUUUGCUGAUGGACGAUAUCGAUCACUCGGCUACAUGCGUCCCUUGGCUAUCUGGAGUAUCCAGCAUGUUCUCUCUAAUCUGCCUCAUCGUCUACACAUUCCUUCCUCACUCUCCGUAGCCUCAUUCCCCAUAUCCGUCCUCCCUAAUCGCGCCGAAUACCAGUCUGACGAAAACCACUCUGAGAAAUCAACGUUGAUAGGAAUUUUUAGGAAAUCCAGCUCGCAUCAGACCAAGGUGACGUCGCAUCUGGACACAAGGACGGUAGUUACUUCGUAUUUUCCUGCUGACGAGUCUUCUGUUGCUCUGACCUCCAAAGUUUAA